AUCCCCACUGCAAGUUGACCUCCUAUUCUCCACACCAGUAGCAUUCCUACCAGACCGUCAACAUGGCGCUUGCUACGAAGACGCAAUCGCACAACAUCUUUGCGAAGUUGAAGGCAAAGCCCGCGAAUAAAAUAUGCUUCGACUGCGGCGCAAAGAACCCAACAUGGAGCUCUGUACCCUUCGGUAUCUACCUCUGUCUCGACUGCUCCUCGAAUCACCGUAACAUGGGUGUCCACAUCUCCUUCGUCCGCUCAACGAACCUCGACAUCUGGCAAUGGGAUCAGCUACGAAUCAUGAAGGUCGGUGGCAACGAGAGUGCGACCAAGUACUUCCAGUCGCACGGUGGCUCUGCUGCGCUCGCCAGCAAGGACCCCAAGGCCAAAUACACAAGCAAUGCGGCAACAAAGUACAAGGAUGAGCUGCAAAGGCGAUGCACUGCGGACGCCAAGCUAUACCCUGAAGAGGUUGUAAUUACAGAUGCCCCAGACGUUGCUGGUGGCAGCGAAAGCAACACGCCCGCCGGCGAGGAUGAUGACUUCUUCUCUUCAUGGGACAAGCCCACCAUCAAGCGACCCUCCAACCCUCCCUCGCGAACUGGUACACCGCGUGCUCAGUCACCAUUCCUUAAGCCAGGCGCCGCUGGCAACGGAGCAGACCGCCCCAAAUCGCCACUCGUAUCGGCCGAAACCACUACACCUGCCGUCGUAAAGCCCACGGUACGAAAGACCACCGCGGGCGCUGCGCCCAAGAAGAACAUCCUAGGCGCAAAGAAGAAGGGAUUGGGAGCUAAGAAGGUUGUUGCUGCUGACGGCGGCCUGGACUUCGAGGAUGCCGAGCGCAAGGCGAGGGAGGAGGCAGAGCGCGUUGAGAAGCUUGGAUACGACCCAGACGCCGAAGCUGCUGAGACCGACGCUACAACGAUGCCCAAGGCUGCCGAAGCCUCGAACAUCGCAGCACCUACACCAGUCUCCCCCGCCCGCGGAGGAUUCGGUUCGACGGCAAAGCCAGACCGCUGGGAUGCUGACACCGAGAGGUUAGGCAUGGGCGUUGCACGCCUGGGAUUCGGACAAGUCGGUGCUGCUAAGAAGGCAGCACCAGCAAAGAAGAUGGGUGGCUUUGGCAGUGUCAGCAAGCCUGUGGAAGACGACAGCGAGAAGUAUGCGCGCCAGAAGUUCGGCUCGCAGAAGGGUAUCUCCAGUGACGAGUUCUUUGGGCGAAACAACUACGACCCCGCGGCAAGUGCUCAGGCUAAGGAGCGACUAUCAGGCUUCGAAGGCGCAUCAGCCAUCUCAUCGAACGCAUACUUCGGCCGCCCUGAAGACGACAUGCCCGAGGAUGACUACGGUGACCUUGAAAGCGCUGCCAAGGAUUUUGUGCGCAAGUUCGGUAUCACGGCUGGCGACGAUCUCGAGAACCUGUCAAACAUGCUUGGUGAGGGUGCUGGGAAAUUGCAGGGCGCUAUCCGGAACUACUUGAACUCGUAGAAGAGUGAAGGUACAACCGAAAACCGAGUGUCAACGUGUCGAUCGGCCAGGCCAGAAACGACUGAGCUGAGCGAGUACGAUGGAGAGUACUCUACCGGCGUGGGAGUGAAGUGGGACGGGGAGGUAGUCGAUAUCAGCGAGUACAACAUGGAACCUUGGGAGCUUCUUUCCCCAUGAAAUUGGGCUGAUUCCAGGGCUGUGGCCGUAUGGCGAUGUCAGGACAUGCUCAAGGUCUGGUUCUGAUGUUGCUGGAUGUGUCCAUGCGGCAUGAGUGUGGCGUUUCUUUGGGACGACUGCAUCCUUUCUGGCUAUGAUAACUUAAGAGGAUAGACAAAGCAAUGCAAUACGACGAAUGCUAC